CUCUUCAGCGAGAACCAUAAUGUACUUUGGGGUUUAACGAGGGUUACCAGUCUCCUCCACCAUUUCUUCUGAAGAAAAGACGACGAAGGAGACGAAGCUUUCUUCUUCCAUCAAUCCUCCGAUUAAUUCAUCUCUCACACACAAAAAAUGCGUCGAAGCUUCUCUAUCAUAGGCCCAACCAAAUGGCUCAAACACUCCUCUCCUCGUACCAACACCAUCUUCAUCAUCACUCCCAUCCACUCCCUCUCCUACUUCUCCCCUCACCACCAACGCCAACCCCCAGAUCCCGACGACCCAACCAACCUCCUCAAAGAAGACGGAGUCUCCCUCUGCUCCCACAUGUGGCUCGACAACUUCAAACACCCAAACAAAACCUCCACCAACCUCACCUCCUACCUCCGCCGCUUCGAGCUCUGGGUCCUCGCCUACCAAAAAGUCUCCUGCGACGAGCUCGGCGCCUACGUCCCACGCACCUCCAUCCAACGCUCGGCGCUAGAGAAUCUCUUAUCCCUCAGAAACUCCGUCCUCGACGACCGGUUCAAAUGGGGAGCCCGUCUCGACUUCUACAUCAAGUCCCCUCGAGACAAGACCGACUACGAGUCGUUAUCCAAGCGCAAGAUCAAAGCUAUCUUAACCACCACGCAACCUACUCCCUUCCAGGACAGGAUCGUUCAAGAAGUGUUGCUGAUGAUUCUUGAACCGGUUUACGAGUCCCGGUUCUCUCAGAAGUCCUUCGCGUUUCGUCCCGGGAGGACGGCGCACACUGUUUUGAGAGUGAUUCGUAGGAACUUCGCUGGUUACUUGUGGUAUGUUAAAGGGGACUUGAGUGUGGUUUUGGAUGGGAUGAAAGUUGGGUUUGUGGUUAGUUCUUUGAUGAGAGAUGUUAGAGACAAGAAAGUCAUCGACUUGAUCAAAACCGCGCUUGUUACACCUGUUGUGACGACGAGUAAAGUCGAUGGAGAGGAGGAGAAGAAGAAGACGAAGAAGAGGAAGUAUCAGAAGAAACGCGUCUUGGCUGACGACGAGCCUAAGCCUGAUCCUUACUGGUUAGAGACUUUCUUCGGUUUCGCUCCCGAAGAAGCUAACAAGUCUCCUCAGUGGGGACACUGUGGGAUACUUAGUCCUCUUUUAGUUAACGUAUGUCUCGACGAGCUUGACCGUUACAUGGAAGGGAAAGUUAAAGACUUUUACCGUCCUUCUAAGAGCGACGUUAUAUGGAACAGCCCCGAAGGAGAAGGUGGUGGUGAUCAGGGGAACACUUCGUGGCCUGAGUUUGUGCCCACGAGCGGUCCUGACAAGACGAGGAAGAUGGAUUACGUUAGGUACGGUGGUCAUAUACUGAUAGGAGUCCGUGGACCGCGAGCUGAUGCCGCGACGUUGAGGAAAGAGCUGAUUGAGUUUGUUGAUCAGAAGUAUAUGCUUAGGCUAGACAAUGAGAAUCUCCCUAUCGAACAUAUAACCAAAGGUAUAAUGUUUCUUGAUCAUGUUCUGUGUCGUCGUGUUGUGUAUCCGACUCUGAGGUAUACCGCGACUGGAGGGAAGAUCAUAAGCGAGAAAGGUGUCGGGACGCUUUUGUCCGUUACAGCGAGUUUGAAACAGUGCAUCAAACAGUUUAGGAAGCUGAACUUUAUAAAAGGAGACCGUGAUCCUGAUCCUCAGCCUUGUUUCAGAAUGUUCCACGCUACUCAAGCUCAUACCAACGCGCAGAUGAAUAAGUUUCUGACUACGGUUGCUGAGUGGUAUCGGUUUGCGGAUAACCGGAAAAAGAUUGUGAACUUCUGCUCUUAUAUCGUUCGUGGCUCCCUUGCUAAGCUUUACGCUGCAAAGUAUAAGCUUAGGUCACGAGCCAAAGUGUACAAAGGAGCUUCUAGGAAUCUGAGCCGUCCUUUGAAGGAGAAGAAAGGUCUGUCACCUGAGUAUAACAAUCUCUUGAGAAUGGGACUUGCUGAGUCUAUCGAUGGGCUUGUUUACACGAGAAUGUCUCUUGUUCCUGAGACUGACUACACGCCUUUUCCGGCUAACUGGAGGCCAGAGCACGAGAAGUUUCUGAUGGAGUACUUAACGCUCGAUGAACCGAAGACGUUAGAAGAGCAGAAGAGGUUUAUCAGAGAGAAUGGUCUAGUUUCGCCACAGGACUACACGUCGAUGUUGGUGUGGAACUAUAAGAGAAAUGCUAUUCCCAUGGAUCAGGUUUCGAUUCUAAAGGAUCAACCUUUCUUGUUGGGGUCAUCAAGUAACCACAACCGUGACAAUGAUGAUGAUGAUGAUCAGAAGAAUAAAGAAGACAGUGAUGAUGAAGAUGAUGACGAUGGGCUUCACAUUGCACGCUUAUAGCUCUCAUUGUUCAAGACAUUUAGAAGGCUAUAGAGGCUACGAGCAUUGGUUCUACAGUGAUUUUACUCUAUUAAGGUAACAUUGUGAAUGUUAUUUCAACAUUUUUGUAAAAGCCAAAGGAAUCAGAAUCAUCUGAGUCAAAACAUCGUUAUCUCUUGUAAACGGAGAUAUCUGAGGAGGGUCUCUUGUUUCGAAUCUAGUUUCGCAAAAUAUCGUUGCAUUCAGUGCAGAACUCGUAACAAAGAUGGCGGUUUUGUAAUCACGCACUCUAACGCUUGUCGCAGCUUCCUUCAAGGUCACAUAAUUAUCUUUAUAAAUCAUGACGCAGUCUUUAAUUAGCAUUCCAAGCACACUGUCUUUCCCGUAGUUCUUCUCCUUGAGAAUCUUGUCAGCCUUUGCUUCCAAGCGCUUCGACCUCGUCCCAGCGUUUGUCAUCGAGGCCGUGGCUAAUUCGCCCAGACUUUGUGCGGUUUUGCUCCGGUCGUGCCCUUCCAGAGACUUGAUGCAGAAAUCGAGUCUGAGUUUCCGGUCUCUAGCUGCAGCUUUCUUGCAAGAGUUUUCAAUGAGAGAUUGUGCGUUUGCUGUGAAAAUGUUUAUGAAGAGAAAAAACAUAAUAACAAGGUUAAUCAAAAAUUUCAUUUUUU